AGAGAUAAUUGAGGGUGGAAAUGGCUUCUAGACACCAGGGUCAGCGUCUGACGGAGGAGUUAAACUGUCCCAUUUGUCUGGAUUUCUUUAACGAUCCUGUUAUUCUGGAGUGUGGCCACAACUUCUGCUGCUCCUGUAUCACACGGAGCUGGGAAAAGCAGGAGAUAAACUCUUGUCCGGAAUGUCAACAGGUAUUUGCCGAAAGGAACCUCAGGAGGAAUCGAGCCUUGGCAAAUAUAACAGGAGAAAUUCAAAAAAUAAUCCAGUCUAAGAAAGAGGCAAGAAAUAAACGUUACUGUGAGGAACACGAGGAGGAACUAAAGCUGUUUUGUGAAACUGACAAGAAAUUGAUGUGUCUGAUUUGCAGAGAUGCGCAACAACACAGAGAUCACAGCUUCUUACCCAUAAACGAGGCCUUUCAGACCUAUAAGGAUAAAAUAAAAUCCUCCAUAGAUUCCCUCACACAGAGGAAGGCCACUGCUCUGGAAGCUGAAGUGAAACAGAAACAAAUGAUUUCACAAGUUAAGGAACAGGCAAGGAGUCUGCAGGACAAUGUCGAGGCUGAAUUUACUAAAAUGCACCAGUGCCUGACCGACAGAGAGCAGCGUGUAGUCCGAGAGCUCAGACAGCGAGAGAAGGAGACUUUACAGCAAAUGGAGAAAAAUCUGCGAGAGAUUCAGGGCAAUUUAGAUUCUGUUCAACAAGAACUCUCAGAGUUACAGAAACAGAUGGGAAAAGACUCGCUCAUCUUUCUGCAGGAGGCCAGUGCUUGGAAAAUAAGGGUCGGUGAUGAGGAUUGUGCGCUGUCAGUAUGUGAGGGUGAUCUGCCUGUGGGGAUAUACAAAGGGCCUUUUCAGUACACAAUCUGGAGAGAGAUGAUACACGGCAUCAGCCCAGCUCCGGCUUCUCUGACUCUGGAUCCUGACACAGCCAAUCCCUGGCCCAUCGUGUCUGAGGACCUGAUCAGCGUGAGAGACGGAAACAAACAUCAGAAGCAGCUCCUUGACUCCCCAAAGAGCUUCAGCGAAGAUCCCUGUGUCCUGGGGUCCGAGGGCUUCACAUCAGGGAGACAUUACUGGGAGGUGCAGGUGGCCAACAAGACUGGAUGGAUUGUGGGAUUGGCCAGAGAGUCCAUCAGCAGGAAAGAACCAAUUACAUGGUCACCAGUUGGUGGACUCUGGUGUAUGGAGCUGGUCGACGGUGUCUAUCAUGCUCUGACCUCACCUCCCAACCCCCUGCCCCUGGAAGUGAGCCCAGAUAACAUUGGAGUUUACCUGGACUAUGAGGGGGGACAGGUAUCAUUUUACAACGCUGAUAACAUGUCUCAUCUCCACACUUUCACCCACACUUUCACUGAGAAACUCUAUCCUCUCUUCAAUCCCUCUUUCGUUGAGGGCAGUCAAAACUCUGAGCCGCUGAGAAUCUGCUCAGUGACAGAUCCACAAAGAAAUGCCGAGUGUUUGAUUCUGUGAUUUUUUUCCCCCCAGUUUUGAGCUGAGUUUGCGAUGGUUGUUCACAGUACUAAAUCACUUCCGGGGGCUGAAUUAUUACAAGUUAAAGGCAAUUCACUUGUUUGUGUUAUAAAUAAAAAAAAUCCUUGCAUUUGAUAUAGUGCUUUUUCACAUCUUCUCGACUGUAUACUUGUGUUG